GCCGUGCGCCGCAGCGGGUUCAUGCCGAGCGGGCGGAGGCGGGCAGCCGACCCGGUAGGCGCGCGCCGGUCUGCAGCGUUCGGCCUGAACCAUGGCAGCGGCGCCCCUGAAAGUGUGCAUCGUGGGCUCUGGGAACUGGGGUUCAGCUGUCGCAAAAAUAAUUGGUAAUAAUGUCAAGAAACUUCAGAAGUUUGCCUCCACGGUCAAGAUGUGGGUCUUUGAAGAAACAGUUAAUGGGAGAAAACUGACAGACAUCAUAAAUAACGACCAUGAAAAUGUGAAAUAUCUCCCCGGACACAAGCUGCCAGAAAAUGUGGUGGCUAUCGCGAACCUCGGCGAGGCCGUGCAGGACGCAGACCUGCUGGUGUUUGUCAUCCCCCACCAGUUCAUCCACCGGAUCUGCGACGAGAUCACGGGGAGGGUGCCGAAGGACGCUCUGGGCAUCACCCUCAUCAAGGGCAUAGACGAGGGUCCUGAGGGGCUGAAGCUCAUUUCUGACAUCAUCCGAGAGAAGAUGGGCAUUGACAUCAGCGUGCUGAUGGGGGCCAACAUUGCCAACGAGGUGGCCGCCGGCAAGUUCUGCGAGACCACCAUCGGCAGCAAGAUCAUGGAGAACGGCCUUCUCUUCAAAGAACUUCUGCAGACUCCUAAUUUUCGAAUCACAGUGGUGGAUGACGCAGACACAGUUGAACUUUGUGGUGCUCUGAAGAACAUCGUGGCCGUAGGCGCCGGGUUCUGUGACGGCCUCCUCUGCGGCGAUAACACAAAAGCUGCCGUCAUCCGCCUGGGGCUCAUGGAGAUGAUCGCCUUCGCCCGGAUCUUCUGCAAAGGCCAGGUGUCUACGGCCACGUUCCUGGAGAGCUGCGGCGUGGCCGAUCUCAUCACCACCUGCUACGGGGGCCGGAACCGCAAGGUGGCCGAGGCCUUUGCCAGGACCGGCAAGACCAUCGAAGAACUGGAGAAGGAGAUGCUGAAUGGGCAGAAGCUGCAAGGACCUCAGACUUCAGCCGAGGUGUACCGCAUCCUCAAACAGAAGGGGCUGCUCAACAAGUUCCCGUUGUUCACUGCCGUGUACCAGAUCUGCUAUGAAGGCCGGCCCGUUCAAGAGAUGUUGUCUUGUCUCCAGAGCCAUCCAGAGCAUAUAUAGAGUGAAUCAUGCAACCUAUCAGGAAACGGCCUGCCUUUCGUAUCAGACACUUAGAUGGGUGGAAAGCAGGACUUGGCAACAGAGAUGUAUGCUUGACUGUCAUCCCGUCAUGGAUGAGUAUGAAUUCUUACCAGGUCCACUUUUGAAUUGCAAGAUGAAGUUCACUGGCUCAGAUGUUACUGGGCAACAUCUAGACGCACAUAUGUGACCAUGUGAGUGUGUGUUCCUUUCUCAUUGUAUGGAUGUUUCUAUGAACCAAAAUUAAAGGCCCUUUUUAAAAAAUCACUUUUGAAAUUUUCCCACCGUGGUAGCUUACAAGAUGUGGAACUAUCAUAGCUAAAGUUUUGAGUUUCACUGAAGGAUUUUUUUUUUCUCAUUCUCAAGGUUAAAAUGUAACAAGCAUUAACAUGGCAGAGUAGAUGAGUGAGGGGGUUCAAAGAUCAACAUACUGUAACUUAAGCACUAUCUGAGAGCCAGUGUAAUUAACUACUUCAAUUGUGGGUUGAUCUUUUUUUUAAAGUAAUUACAUAUUUUAAUUAGGUAAUCCACUCAUCUGUAUAUUCCACUCAUUGCAGUUUUCUGCACUUUUAGCCUCUUUUCUCUUCGUUAGCUACCAGAAUGUACUUUGGCAAAGGCACAGCAGUGGCAGAAGGCAGAAAACCUACCUGGAAUGUUCCUGCUGUGUUCUUCUGAUUAGCGACCAUUGUAUGAUGCUUUUUGUCAGGUUGUACUUCCGUUCACACAUUUCCUGUAAGCCUCACAGAUCCCCUGAAAGGGGGCAGCUGUUAUUCCUCUAAGGUCCAGCCUCCGUGCCUGGUCAUCUGAUGAGAAGGGCCAGAUCCAGAGACUCUCGGUCGUCACUGGCCUUUGAACUCCCACUGACUGGUCGUAGCAAAUGCUGUCCCCAGGCUUUCUUGAGGUGUGGGCAGCUUUCUGCAGUUGAGGCUUGCAUGGGUCCUUGUCUAGGAGGAUGGCACUCAGUGUGGACCUCACUCCAUUCGCUCCACUUGGAGUCUCUUAGAACAUAGGUUCCCAGGUCCCUCCCCGACCCCAGCCCCUGAAGUGGGGUCUUGUAUCUCUGCUUUGACAUGCCUUCCAUGUGUUUCAAUGCUCACUACUGUCUGAGAACCACUACUGUAGAAAAUGUAUUAUUUAGAUUAGCAUUUCUCAAACCAUGUUCCAUAGGAAGCCAGUGUCCCAGGAUCCAGUACUGGUCCUGCUGUUGCCUGGCAAGAUCCAGUGAGUUUGGGAAAAGCCCUCCGUACACCCCUCCUGAAGGGGUAGACUGUGUGUUCAUGGAACGUGCUUACUUAACCCAGCAAGUCCCAGACAGAUUAUGGAGAUUUUUUUUUUUUUUGGCAAGGAAAUUUACCAGAGUUUCCAAGGAACACUAUUCCAGGCUGAGGUACCCAUAGGACAGCACAAGUAUGCUUCACUCUCUGCAAGAAAUGAGAAUGAAUGGCUGCCUGUGGUAUUGUUCAUUCCGCACCUUUAUAUAAAAUUAAAAUUCAGGUCUGCCACAAUCUUUGCUGAAGCUUUAAGGCGACACUUUCAGGUACAGCCAAGUGGAUGUCAACUUCGCUGAAACGCACACUGUGUGGACUAAGUGCUUUUAAUUCUAGAAUUAGAACGGAAAUGACUGUAUCUUUGUAAAUGUGAUCGGUUUCAAGAGAGCACUGCGGUUACCUUACAUAGUAGUGGAUGAGUGUUAAGAAAAUGUAUGAAUGUCUCUUACAUAUUCAUGGAUUUUCAGUCACUUUGAGAUUAUGACUUUUUUAUUUUCAGCUUGGGAUUUUUCCCUUCUAUACCUGGAAUGAUUGUAAACUAGAUUUUUUGUGGGAAUUUUAAAAACUCCUAUACAUAGAAGAAUAUGAAAGCACACAAAAUGCUAUGUUUCAUCGAUUUUAGUGCCACUGUUAAUCAGUUUUUGCUUGUCUCAUAAUUAAUCUUUUUAAGAGUUUGUACAUAAGUAACAAAGUUACUUUUUAAGAUACAUAAAGGGCUGUAAGCUAAUUGUGGUGUCUGUCAAAUAGCAUCAUCAGAUGUGAGGAUUCGGAUUUUUGUCUUGUGUAUAUUCUUCAUCUGCAUUCAGCUUCCAUCUCUGGGUUUUGUACUUGAGUGUUUUUUUCCUUUAUAAAUGCCUUCUCACCCUUCUGAAGUCUUCUGACUGUACCUUUUGAACAUACUUAUGAUAUUCUGCACAUAUAGAAAAAGGUAAAUUUUAUAUAAGUUUAUGCUUUGCUAACUGUAGAUAUUUAUUACUCUACGAGUUAUCUAUUUUUAUAACCACCUGUGAUCCAUCAUUUAUUUUAAUUCACCUUUCUUACUACUAAUUAUGGUAAUUGGGGAGGGAGACAUCUAGAAAAGAAGCUUAAUUUAUACUGUUUCAGCCAAAUCUGUGAAUGUAAAAACUACACUGUUGCCUUGUGAUAAUCCAGCCUACUAUAAUGUGGAACAAUGUCCGUCUUGAAACCCAUCCUAGCAGGUGGAAUUGAGCUAAACUCCUGGUUUUUUAUUUAAGUCUUAGCUAUCAUGUGGCCCCAUGGCAUCAGCCCAGGGAGUAGUGAGAUGCCACUGUACCAAGGAAUCUUCCAUUUCUUCCACUAGCUCUAAUCUAAGAGCCUUUUACCUACACAUGUACUUUGUUUGUUUACAGACUGUAGGUGGAUAUGAUUUCAAAGCUUGAUUUAAUAAAAAUUGAAUCCCCCCAAACCUGUGCUACUGAUCCUAUUUUUUUAAAUCAGCUUAUGUAAUAGUUUUAUUUGUUUAGGUAGUCUCUUUUAUUUCUCUCCCCGAAUUGUGUUACCUUGACAACAAUAAAAAGGCAAAUUUUAAAA